AUGGCGGUGGCGGCGGCUUCUCUGGGGCGGAGAGCCCUGCUCGGGUCGUGGCUGCUCCUGGCGGUCCAGGUGAGGAGGAGGAAGAGGAGGCUCUUCUCAUGCAGAGGGCGGGGCUCCUCCUCUCCAGUCCUCCCUCGGGUCCGAAGGCGGGGUUGGGGCUCGGCUCUUCGGCUGCCCUUCUUCCACAGUGGGAGGCGGGGCUUCUUCCCGGGGGGGGGGCGUCUCAGUUGCCCCCUCCGUGAAAUGGGCCGAGGCCCCGCCGCCUCGCUCUCCGCGACGCCCCAGAGGCGUAGGAAGCGGGCCAUUUCCACCUGGGGCGCUAGGGACCCCCGCGGGUCUUCCAGCCCAACCCCCUGCAAGCCAGGAAUCUCUUGGCCCGGGAUCCCGAGAUUGGCUUCGCAUGCUGCACCACUUCCCUUGGAGCAAAGCGGAGCGCUAGUCCUCUAGCUAAUGCACAAGGCGGCUUAGAAAGCCAAGUUUCUUAGAGCCUGGUGCUGAUAACGGCAAGGUUGCAGGUUUGAUCCCCGCUUCGACAGCGUCAUAUUCCUGUGCUGCAGAGGGUUGGACUAGAUGAUCCUCAGGGUCCCUUGCAACUCCAUGAAAACAUUUGUGCAGGAAGCUGGUUUGCUGUGCUCAGUCUUUGGGUGUGGAGCCAGGGCGCUCUGCCCUGCUGAGCUGCAGGACCUUUCCCUUUGAAACAAAGAGGGCUGCUAGUCCCCAGCUCAGCAUCACCUCCGCACAGGCUGGCAGCCAAUGGCUCUCCAGGAAGGACUGAUUCUGGAUCCUGCAUGCACAGCAAGCAUGCCAUCAUUGGGAUGCAGCCCUUCCCUGCUGUUGGUGAGGUAGCUUUUGGGGUUUGAGGGUCAUUUUUUGUUAGGUCCCCAGCAGUAAUGGGCUUAGGAGUUGCUGUGUGGAAAAGUCUGCUGGCAAAUGCUUUGACCAGGAGGGAGGGAAGUGUGAAACAUAUUCAGAGAGAGAGAGAGAAAUAGGACAUAGCGCUUGGGUGUUGACAAGUGUAUGAACUGACUUGCUGCCCCAAUGAUGCAGGUUGGGCUGUGCCCUGCGCCUUGGUGAUGGUGCUGCUGCUGCUGUCACAGCCUCAGUGCACUAGGAAGAGGUCUGCAGGGUCAGCCCAAAUGGGUUGCUCAGCCCACAAAUCUUGUUUCUGCGCUGGCAGAAGGUGAGCACAGCCGCUUUCUCCAGGAGACGCCCCAGGGAGGUUCCUUGGGCAAGGAGAGAACCUAUUUUUGUCCCUUGCCCUCUUACUUAAUAAUUUAUUAAAACUAUAUACCGUUGUUUCAUAAACUUAUACCACAGUGGUUUGUGACAAUAUAAAUGGAACCAAAUAGCAUCAAAAAAAGUUAAAAACUAGAUAAAAGCAAAAAUAAAAACACCUAAUCUUUGUCUUGGGUGGGGGAAGACACUCUGUUUAAAAUUGUUGUUCCUGUGAAUUCUUAGCUAGCCUAGUGGCCCUCCUGGGUCAUGAGAAUGCUGCCAUGGCCACCCAUCCUGGGUACACCUUCCCAGGAAAGGUGGUGGUGGGACUUAAUCUUGUGGGGGAAAGCUGGCCUUUUUGCUGCAAUGAACUUAAUUUGCCUUUUUGCAUUUAGCAACUGGUAGGGAUCCCCCAUCCAGCUGUUUGGGGGUGCCAGCAUGUGCUGCCCUCACCUGUAGCUAAACAGCCUCUUCUGCAAAACAAAAACCUCAUUCAGGACAUUCAAAGUCCUUUGCAGCUGCUGUUGUGACCCUCUUGGCAAGUAGAUACUUUGCUAGAGUGAGGAGAGAACUGGUGAUAUCCCAGCUGGCGCCAGGUAAGGUGUGGUCGAAGAACUGAGCCGCCUCAAAGAAUCUCAGGAGAGAAGGGUGUGAUAGCAACCACCACAAAGUUACGCAUCCCAAAGGGCCCCGUUCCCCCCCCCCGGUUGUUGGAGAGCAGCCAGUGGGUGGAGUAUUGAAGCCCCCUGAGAGACAGGAUCGUGCACCUCGGGAGCAGUGACUGCAGAAAUGGCAUGCCUUGGAAGACCCCAGCGGGAUGGGGCCUUGCCCUCAAGGGAUUCCCUGCAGCAUCCAGCUCUGGAGAGCCAGGCUUUGUUGCUUGUGGUGCUUUUGGGAGUGACUUUCUGACUCUCCCUUCCUCCAGAUGGAGACGAAGACCUGAGCCCUCUAAUCUUACACCCACAGCAGUUGAGUGGCUGGUUCUUCCCUAGUGAAGGAGAGAUAGAUUCCCAGCCCAAGUUGCCAACUCCGGUCACGAUGUCCUUGCACGCCCCCCUGUUGGCUGACGGGGGGUCUGCCCAUGAAUCCUGGUGGACAGCAGUGUGGGAAGUUUCAAAAGCAUCCUGCAUCCAGAUCGUGUGGGCACCUGGGAGCCUGCAAAGUUGAUGGGAAGUUGGAGUGAUGUGCAACACCCCCUCGCUUUCCUCUUGCUGCCUAGUUCUGGCCCCUUUUGGGUUUUCAUUCAGUCCUGUGCGGAGAGUUUUCUCCCUCGUAACACUAGGACUUGUGGGCCUCCCAUGAAGCUGAAUGUUGGAAAAUUCAGGCAGGUGAAAGAGAGGACUUAUUCACACCAUCUGUAGAACUCCCUUACCUAGGAGCUAGUGAUGGCCACCAAACUUAGAUGACCUUGAAAGAGGAUUAGACAAAUUCAUGGAGGAGAAUAAGGUUAUAAAUGGCUGUUAGCCAACCUCCGGGGUUGGAGGCAGAAAUGCUUCUUCAUCCCAGUUGCUGGAAGCCACAAAAGAGGGCUCUUGUGCUUGAAUCUUGCUUGCUGGUUUCCCUUUGGCCUUUGGAGGCUUUUCUUUCAUUCUUAUGGGAGGUGAGCCCGGAUGCUGCCAGAGUGAUGGGAAGCAAGUCUUCUCCCUCUGUUUUCCAGGUCUCCUGUGAGUUUGGCAUGGUCCGCGUCUUCUCCGAGAAGGGGAGUUCCAAGGGGAAGGACUACUGCAUUCUCUUCAACUCCCAAUGGGCUCAUCUGCCCCAUGACCUGGGCAAGGCGGUGAGUGGCUCCUGUGGCACCUCAGCUGGCAGGGUGGCACCUGCCCUGCUUAUCAUCACUGUUUACAUCUCUAGCCCAUCCUUGGUCAAGUUAAUGGAUUAGUCACAGAAAGUCAUAGAAGCAUAGAGUUGGGAGAGACUGCAAGAGUCAUCUAGUCCAGAGGUUUUCAACCUUUUUGAGCCCACAGUUCCCUUGACCAACUACAUUCUUUCUGCAGCACCCCUGUGGGGCUCAGGAGCCCAGUUGUGUCACCCCUUGCCUGCUGAGCGGCAACCUCUCACCCUUUAUCGAACACCCUCCCUUAUGGAGUGUUCCCUCAGCCCCCUCUGCUCGGGAGUCCUCUGGGCAGAAACAGCUGCCGCCCCUGGUCUCUGAGCUGCCCCCCCCCGCCCCACAAGGAAGCACCCCCUAGCCAGCCCCAGAGGCACCAUUCACCUGGGGAACUUGUUGCCAGAGCUGCUGCAGCAAACAGCUGUCCAUUUUUUGGGAGACAGGGAUGCAAGAGGGCAUCAUAGGAAGGAGGAAAGGCACCCCUAACCAUCCUUCAAGGCACCCCAGGGUGCCACAGCACACAGGUUGAAAGCCAGCCCCUCGAGGUCCCUUCCAACUUGGUAACUCUGAGAUUAAGAGUCACAUGCAGUGCCACACAUAAACUUUGAAAACCUUUUGUGUGUUUGUGUAAACGUAUUAUUAUUUUGUUUUGUCAGAGAACAAUUAUAACAAGAGACGAAAAUUGAAAGGUGAGAAACCAAACUACAAAGCAGCCACGUAGGAUGAGUCCCAUUGCCCACUGGUUAAAGUAACAAAGUCCAAGUGAAGACUAUCACAAUGUUAUCAGAUUAUUAAGCCUAGUUCAAGAUUUGCAUGGCUGGGGAUGAGGGUUGCCUUGAAAAUGAUGGUACUGUUGUACAUGCAUAAUAAAGGAAUGCCAAAUCAUAUUGAAAGUGUCUGAAGAUGCUAGUCCUCACUGAAAUCUCAAAUUACACGUGAUAUACCAGAGAGGUGCCAAGCACAUAGUGUAAGAGUUAGGAUUGUUUUCCAUUAAGUUGCAAUGACUAUUCGAUCUGCCAAAAUCCUAUAUGGGACCAAUUCUUCUGGCAAUCUAUCAUAAAAACAGUUCAGUAGCAUUAAUUUUGGACAAAAAACAGUAGUGAUCAUUUCGGUCAAAUUCAAUUUCUCCCUUGUAGUUCUUGGCACACGUGCUUCCUGAUGUGGCAGGAGCUGGUCCUUCAAGGAUUGGGCUCCUAAGUCAUUUAGGAGUUUGUAGGCUAGCACCAACUCCAUGAAUCAGAGCACCCUCCCCUUGAGCCUCAGCUGGCGCCUGCUUCGUGAUCAUUUUGGCCCUGGGGUGAAUCACCUUUCUUUGCUCAGGCCUGUUGGAGCUGCUUUGUUGCAUUUUGGGCAUUCUGAGCUUCCUUUGUUGUUCCUCUGAAGGCGAGGAGCAGCUUAGAGGGCUCCAUUUUCCUCUCCUCAUGUUCUCCUCUUCCUCCUUUCCUCCUCCAGUCUCUGCUGCAGCUGCAGGACCAGACGGUCUCCGUCCUGUGUGCUCCUUCAGACGUUCCCGACGGCGGCUUCAGCAGCACCAUCCCCAUGGUCAUGCGGGGCAACUGCACCUUCUAUGAGAAAGUCCGACUGGCCCAGAUCAACGGGGCAAGGGGGCUGCUGAUCGUCAGUCGAGAGAGGCUGGUGAGUCCCUGGGGAGGGGCGGGGAGAGAAGGCGACACUUCUUCCUGCUACCAGCCUGGCGGGAAUUAGGGCAUUCUUUCCUCUUUCCCCCAAGGAGCUCCAGGUGGUGCUCAUGCGUCUCCCCGCUCUCCAUAUUAUCCUCACAACAGCCCUGUGCAGAAGGCUAGGUUGAGAGUUGGCAGCUGGCCCAGGCUUCAUGACUGAGUGGGAACAUUUGAACCCAAGCCCCCCUCACCUGACACUCUACCUGCUAGGCCACACCGACUCCUCAGCACAGAGGCCCAUCCUUUAUUAUUACAAAUAUGUAGAUGUAUGGUUACAUCUCAAGCCCACCUUUUCCCCUAAUGGGACCCAUUUCUUCUUCUUCUUCUUUGUACCCGCCCACCUGGUUGAGUUUCCCCAGCCACUCUGGGCAGAUCCCAACAGAAUAUUAAAAACACAAUAAAACAUUAAAAUCUUCCCGAUACAGGGCUGCCUUCAGAUGUUGUGUAGUUAUCUCCUUGACAUCUGACAGCAGGGUGUCCUACAGGGUGGGCGCCACAACUCAAUAGGCCCUCUGCCUGGCUCCCCGUUGUUGUUUAGUCGUUUAGUCGUGUCCGACUCUUCGUGACCCCCUGGACCAGAGCACGCCAGGCACUUCUGUCUUCCAGUGCCUCCCGCAGUUUUGUUUUUUUUUUAAAAUUGAUAUUUAUUAAGUUUUCAAAGAAUAACAACAAAAAUUUCCAAAAAAUUUUGAAAAUACAAAAAACAAAAAUAGUACAUAAACAAAAAAGAAAAGAAAACCCAGCCGCAAAGAAAAAAAAGAAAAACAGAAAAACAAAAAUAUAAAGUCCUUUACAAUCUCUAUUGACUUCCUUUCUAGACUUCCUCCUCCUCCCUCUCUUGUUUCUUAAUUUUUAAUUUUUACAGCAAAUCCUUUCUGUUUUUUCAUAACAAUCUGUCAUUACGUUUCCUUAUUCUAUUUUCCCUCUUGUCAUAUAAAAACUUUAAAACUCAUAGCUUAUAUUCAAUAUUUACCAAAUUCUUACAUCAUUACCUUUUAACGAAUCAUUUACCAAUCCUUACUUAAGCCAUGUAAUUUCAUUCAACAUCCUUCAAACAUUUGUAAACAUUCCAAUAUUAAAAAAUAAAAAAGAAAAAGUAAUAAGUCAAAUUCAGUCCAGCCAGCUUCCAACCUCCCCUCCCCUGGACCCGGGAUUGUCAGUCCUUUUAACCUCGAUAAUCCAGCUCCUUAACCUGGUUGUCUCGUAUCCGAGGCCCUCAAGUCUCUUUCUUGCCCCUUUCGCCACUCUUGUUGAUGAUUCCCUUCCAGUCGUGGAUACUCCAGCAAGAAAAUGCUUUUGACUCUUUGCAGCAAGUCCAUCCCAAACCCAUUGCCCAAGCCAGACAGCAGAUAAUACCACUUCAAAUUUCCACAAAGCUUGGAGACUUCGGCUACUCCAAUCCUCUGAUAGCCCUUCACUAGACUCGGAAGGUCCAAAUAACCAUAUAGAGGGGGGUCGAUCCAUCCCCCCAUUUCCAAAUCUGACCACAUUUCAUCUUUCCGAAUCUGGUUUGUCCCAAGUUCAUUUGUCAAGUUCAAAGGCUGAUCUUGCCCGUCCAAAGGUCCCUCCAUCUCUGAAGCCUCCGUCACUACAGCAGGUUCAUAUGCUUGUAUAGCCUUUAACUGAAUUUCAUUUGUUUGCUGCUGUGCUCUGGUAACUUCCAUCAUCAAGGUCGUCUCCUGACGCAUCUGGUCCAGCUGGGCACUUAGUUUUGAAAAACCUUCCAGGAACAAUUGUUCAAGCCUUUGUACUAGCAUUGUCCUUCAAGGUCAAAGAAAAUUCCUUCCCACGACAAUAGUCCAAUAGUCCUUCUCUUUUAAACUCUCUGCGUUGCAAUUUCACUAAAUUCCACUAGAUGGAAUUUUUUUUUUUUUAAAGGAAUAAAAGCAACAGCAACAAUCUUUCUUUUCCAGAAACACUUUAUCCAAAAUUUCCCCUUCCAAAUUCAAGAGGCAACAGUAGAAUCAAAAUGUUACCCUUCUUUUAACUAACUGUCGAGCUGGAUAAACUUCAAAACGUCAAUUCUGACAGCCCGCUCCUGGUUCAGGGCGGUGGAAAAUUGCUUUAUUUUAAACUCACUUCCGCAGGAUUGAAAAGUCCAAAUACAACCCCCUUCUUCUCCUGCAGUCAAAGGGGGUUCAGAAAUCUUAGAUGUUGAAUUCUAGUUCUCUCAGAAUUUAAUUUUCAAGCUUUAGUAUAUUUUGUCUUUGCUUUCUUCACGUAACAAAAGAACGGAAGGCUGACUUCCUGUUUAGACCUUCGCGUUCCGAGUCCCAAUUAAGUUCAAUUUCAAGUCCAAUAUUAUUUGUUUAUUCACCAGUCUUAAAAGUAGUUCAACUCUUCCAAGAUCAGGUACUCACGGAUAGAUGUUUUAGAUGCCAAAUUGUCCAGGAAAAAGGCAGCGCUCUCCGAUAACGGCAGUGCGGCUUUGCUGCACGGAGGAAGCAGUCGACUCACAGCACCACGCACCUCCCACUCCGGAGCCCGUUACCGGGCUCCUGUACACGGGGCGAGAGCGCUCGCGGUGCCCGCCGAGUCCCACGGCCACAGGCUUCUUCCGCCUGUGGUUUUUGAGGGUCCCCGCUGCGCCGUAGCGGCAGGACCCAAGCCUCCGUGCAGCGGGUUCCCUUCAGUCCGAAGGGAAUUCCGCCAUUUUCCGGAGGCGCCACCCCGGAAGUCCGCCUCCCGCAGUUUGGUCAAACUCAUGCUGGUAGCUUCGCGAAACUAUCCAGCCACUGGCUCCCCGUGGCUUCACUUAAUUGUAGUGAGGGAACCCCCAGAAGAUCUCAGUGUCUGGGCUGGAUGGUGGGGGUGGAGAUACUCCUUCAGGUCUACAGGGCUGAGGCCACUUAGGGCUUGAAAGGUCAGCACCAACACUUUGAAUUGUGCUCAGAAUCUACUCAAGCACCCUCUUACUUCCGUGCCUCAGAUGAGAGCGAAGGCAGGAGCUUUCUGCUGCCCCCAGGCAUUCUGCCUCUGAAGCCGGAGGCUCCAUUAGCUGCCAUGGCCUGAGGCUUGUGGCUAGGACCCCUGCCCACCCCCUGCACUAUUCCUUCUGCCCUUCUCACCUCCCCUGCCCAGUCAGGUUGCAAUUGCUUUUAUAUAUAAUAAUAAUAAUAAUAAUAAUAAUAAUAAUAAUAAUUUAUUAUUUGUACCCUGCCCAUCUGGCUGGGUUUCCCCAGCCACUCUGGGCGGCUUCCGUAGAAACCAAAAAUACAGUAAAAUAUCACAGAUUAAAAACUUCCCUGAACAGGGCUGCCUUAAGAUGUCUUCUAAAUGACAGGUAGUUAUCGCUUUGACAUCUGAUGGGAGGGCGUUCCACAGGGCGGGCGCCACUACCGAGAAGGCCCUCUGCGUGGUUCCCUGUAGCUUUGCUAUAUAUAUAGAUAGAUUUUUUAAUGGUAAAUGCAAUACUCACAAACACAAAACAAACCUAUUAUACAUACAGCUACUUAAUACCUAAAAAAGAAAAAAAUUAAACAUACAAUAACAAAAAAAUCAACUUAAAUUACAAAAUAAACUAAACAUGAAUACAUAAAUCUUGACUCCCCUCCACCCGUGUGUGACUUCCUUUAUUUCUUUUCUUCUUUUCGCUGUGCUAUCAGUAUUAUUUUUAACUACCUCCUCUAAUGUCCAUUUCUUCUUCGUCUUUUACUCUAUAAAUUUCAUUCAUUGUGUAUUGAUAUAUUUAUACCAGAAUUAUACCAGAACUCCUUCACACAGAUCCACUCAUCUACCAGUUUUUGUUUUUUUUAAAAAAUAAUAUUUAUUAAAGUUUCACAGAAAAGGAAUCACAUUAAUAAAAAAGGAAAAUUUAAGAAUAAAAGGAAAAUACACAAUACAAAAUACAAAAAGGAAAAAGAAAAAACAAUUAAAAACAAUUCCGUCUUUUCAUAACUUCUUUUACAUUUACUAGUUUCCCGGACCUCCUCAUACCUCCCUCUUUUGUAUUCCAAUUCAGUUUGUUAGUCCAGCAAUUUCUUUCCCUCCUUUUUAGUCCCAAUCCUUAAUCCUAAUAUAUUAUAACAUUAAGUUUUUACCUAUUAAGAACCAAUUUUUCCGUUCUUUUAACCUUUUUAAUCCUAAUCCUUAAUCUUGAUAUAUUUAUAACUUUAAAACCUGUACAGCUAGAAGCCACUUAGCUUCAAUCCAACAUCACUCAUCUACCAGUUUUUGAUCUGAUUGUCUUCUUCUCACUGCUAUAAGUCUUGCUAGUUCUAUGUAUUCACAAAAUUUUAUUUGCCAUUCUCUUAUUGAGUUUUUUUUUUUUCUUCCUUCAAAUUAUUUGCUAUAAUAAUUCUGGCAGCAGCAGUUGCAUAUAAGAAAACUUUUUUCCUAGCAGCAGGAAUAUCAGUCAAUAUAAUUCCCAAGAGGAAGGCCUCUGGUUUUUUAUUACAUGAUAUUUUAACCAUUUAAAAAAAUUUCUCUUGGAUGUUACUCCAAAAUUGUUUGAUAUACAUGUACUCCCACCACAUAUGAUACGUUGUUCCUAUUUCUGUUUUGCAUCUCCAGCACAAAUUAGAUUUUGAUUUAUAAAUUUUUGCCAAUUUGACCAGAGUUACCGUACUUUUUGCCCUAUAGGAUGUACUUUUUCCCCUCCAAAAAUGAAGGGGAAAUGUGUGUGCAUCCUGUGGGGCGAAUGCAGGCUUUCGCUGAAGCCUGGAGAGCGAGAGGCGUCGGUGCGCACCGACCCCUCUCGCUCUCCAGGCUUUGGGAAGCUAUCCGCCAGCCUUGGGAGCCCAGCGGGAGUUGCCGCCGGGCUCGCAAGGCUUGCGGAUAGCAGCCUGUUCUGGGGGCUCUGGCUUCCCCUGCCCCAGCCCCGCAGCUGGGGGGGGGGAAAUAUAUUUUUUUUAUUCAUUCCCCCCCCCCCAAAAAAAAAUGAGGUGCGCCCUAUGGGCCAGUGCGCCCUAUAGGGCGAAAAAUACGGUAAAUACCACUGAUACAUCAUUUUCAUUAUAUUUUCUCUGAUUGUGAAGCAAGCUAUGAACUUGAUGUCAUUUCUCCAUAAUUUCUCCCAUUGGUUUAAUCGGAUCCUGUGGCCUUUGUCUCUGGCCCACUUAAUCAUAACUUCCUUCACCUCUUCAUCUUUUAAUUCCCAUUCUAAUGACAAAUUGUAUAUUUUAUAUAAUACCUUUUUGGGGGUUUUUUAGUAAUUCUGUUUGUAAUUUUGAUUAUUCUUUGCCAAAUCCAAUGAUUUUAUCCUUCUUGAAUAGGUGAUCAAUUUGGUAGUAUUGUAGCCAUGUGUUACAAUACUGGCUGAGUGCUUCAUAAAAACCUCUUAUGAAGGCUUUACCUGCAUCCCAUAUCGUUUCUUUUUAAUACCUGAGGAGACAAAUUCUUGGCCUAGUUUCUUAUUUUCUAAAGCCCUUCCUCAGGUUGCAAUUGCAUCUCCCAUCCCUGGCCUGGCAGGCAUUCUGCCCCCUCCUGGGCAUUCAGCUCCCUCUCUGCCUUGUCCUUGGCUGUGCGGUUCUACUCAUCUGAUUUUCCUUUUUAAUUUUCUUGCUUUCUGCAUGACAUCCCUUCUUCUGAGAUUAAUGUCUCCCUUAAAAAUCUUUUCUGAACAAUUAAGAGUUCUAAGGAAGCCGUUCAUCUCUUCUUCUGGGGCUGGGAGGCGCCCUCCCCCCGCCUGCUGCUGCUCUUGUGAUGCGUUUUGCCCCAAAUGCGCAGCAGCCAUUGAUGCGCUAGGCUGGGGAUGAGUCAUGUGAGCUGGGUGGCCUGGGGAAAACAGCGGAGGAUUGGGGCCUGCAUGCACUUCUGAGUUUGACACACCAUUUGGCUUUGGGGAUGGGCAGGCUGGGAGGGUGGGGUGUGUGUGGUAUCACUUUGCUCUUCCCCCUCAUUCCCUCCAGGUCCCGCCGGCCGGCAACCGCAGUCAAUAUGAGGAGAUCGACAUCCCAGUGGCUCUGCUGAGCUACGCGGACAUGCUGGAUAUUGGCAGGGUGAGACCCCGUCCGCGUUCCCAGUCAGGGUCACAGGGGCAUUGGGGGCAGCACUGCUUUUGGGGCCCCCAAGGCCAGUCACACACUGGCAUUUCCUGGAGGACGUCCUGUUCCCCGGAGGGUAGCUCUUUCCUGGGGCAACUCUUUUUUAGGGUCAGCUGAGCUCCCUUCUCUCUCUCCCUCUUCCUCAGAGCUUUGGGCCCUCGGUCAAGGUGGCCAUGUAUGCCCCCAACGAGCCAGUCUUGGACUACAACAUGGUGAUCAUCUUCGUGAUGGCUGUGGGGACGGUGGCCGUCGGAGGCUACUGGGCAGGGAGCAGGGAUGUCAAGAAGUGAGUUGGGGCAGGGGGCCAGUAGAAGCCCCUAAGGGUCAUCCAGCCCAGCUCCCUGCAGUGCCAUGGGGUUCAUCCUGCAUUCUUGGCUGUUCAGAGCUGCUCUCUCUGGAAUCAAAACAUGGGGGACCUCUGAAGAAGCUGCCACCUGCUAAGUCCAUACACCAGCCCCUGGGAAUACAUAGAAGGUGUUUGGUGAGGUCAAGGCAGCACAGGAUCCAGGAUUCGUAGGAUUCCUUGCAUCCAUGCCCAAUCAUUGAGCUCUUGGAGGGAGUCACUGCUAGGUGUUCCUCUCAUGACUUCUCAAAUAGCCUGAUAGGUUGCCUCCUCUAUGCGUUUCCCAUAGAGCCAUUGGCUACCAUCCACAUCUCAUGGCUGCAAAUGAUUUCGUGAAGCGUGGAGACAGGCCCUGCUUUGCUGGGGGGGGGAGGGGAGAGAGGCCGGCAGCCCUGAGCAUCAUUUUAGGGUUGCUGAGCCCUCGUAGGAUGCCUCCCCUCUUGUCGGUUGGCCCCUCCAUGAGUGGUGCAGUACCAGCAAGCGCCUCCAGCCUCGGAUGACCUCGUCUCGUCUCCCUUGCAGGCGGUACAUGAAGCACAAACGGGAUGACGGAGUGGAGAAGCACGAGGACGAGACAGUGGACGUCACCCCCAUCAUGAUCUGCGUCUUUGUGGUCAUGUGCUGCUCAAUGCUCGUCCUGCUCUAUUACUUCUACGACCACCUAGGUACUUGCACUGGCUUCUCGGUGCUGUUCAGCCUCUUUCCAGCCCCUUGUCUUCAUUCAUCUUUCCUUGUCCCCUUUCCCCCCUGCAGUGUAUGCCAUCAUUGGGAUUUUCUGCCUGGCGGCUUCCAUCGGCCUCUACAGCUGCCUCUCCCCGUUUGUCCGAAGGUUUCCUCUGGGGAAAUGCAGGUAGGAGGCAGAAGACAGUCUUGCUUUGCCACCUUUGGCUAAGUGGCCCUGGCACAUGAAGCUUGCAGGGGCCAGUGGACUGGGUUCAAAUCCUGCCUGGCCAUAGACACCCCCCCCCCCCCGUGGAAAGAAUCAGGUUAUCAGAGCAUGAAUGCUAGUGGGGGGCUGGACAGAACCCCAAACCCUCCUCCUUUGGGACUUGGGAGCAGUUGUGCUUUAUCCUUCCCUCUCUGAUAUAUUUUUAUUUUCCUGGCUGCAAAAUAUUAAUGUGUGUGGGCUGUUGGUUUUUGUUGCUGCUGGUCUUGUUUAGCAGCCAGUAUCUAGGAAACAAGCUCUGAAUUCUUAAAUGCAUUAGAUGGGCAAGACGUGGAUCUCUUGCUUCUCCUUGUACAUGUGGGGCAGGGCGGGAUCCCCUCUUCCGUGGCUCUCUGGGCUCCCUCCCGACUCUCAGCUGACUCAUCUGGACAAGAAAAGGGACCUUGUUGUUGCAGAAAGGUCCUCACUUCCACUGCAGAAAGAUGAAAGCAAUGAAAGACAGUGCCUCAUCAGAUCUCGCCCCUGGCAAUCAGGCAGAAAACCCACCCUGUGCGUUUUGCAAGUGCACAAAUGCCCUUUCCAAGAGCAGUUGACUUGUGGGGUUUUGAAUCGGUGCAAGGCAGGUCUGGCUGUAUUUGCUUCCUUCUGCGGGGAUCUCUGAGAUCUUUUUGCCUUUUUCUUGCACAGGUCAGACAAAGAGAGUGGGGGGGGGGCUGUUCUGAGCUACAUAGAAGAGCUGAAAGUCCUGCCCCAGGACAAAAAAUGAAGGGCAUGAACCCUGAGCGCAGCCAUUUAUUAUUAUUUAUUAAAUGCGUGUAUUGCCCUAUAUCUGCAGACGUCAGAGCUGUGCACCUGUUUGUGGGGGCUCCUGGAUUUGGCCCCCAACCCCUUUCCCCUUGGUUUUCAAAAGCCUCCACACCAAGCGUGGGGGGAGGGGGGUUGAGUGGGUGGCACUGAGCAACUUAAGAGGAAGGAAGGUUGUCUUUUUUAAGCAUCCCUGAGCCCAUAGAAUAGAAAAAAAUAGUCCGUCUGCUGAGUUUGGUGACCUUGGCUUGGUGACCUUGACUGACAGCAGCUCUCGGGCCGUGGCCUCGGGCAGGGAAGGCUUUUCCCCAGCACCUCCUCCCCUGGAGACUCUGCCCGUGGGCAUGGAGCACCUGCUUGGCAUGCAGAAGGUGCCAGGCUCCCCAGUAGUAGCAUCUCCAACUCAGGCUGAGCAAAGACUCCUUCCCUGGAGACCUGCUGCUGCCGCCAGCCUGUGGGGGCAGAUCUGGGCUCGAUGGAACAGGCCUGACUCGGCGUCAGGCAGCUCUCUGGGGUGGAGGCUCCAAGAGGUCCCUCUCCCACUUGCCAAGUGGGGUGCAGGCCUCUCACCCCGCCUCUUGUCCUCAGGGUCCCUGACAACAACCUGCCCUACUUCCACAAGCGCCCCCAAGUGCGCAUGUUGCUCCUGGCUGUCUUCUGCGUUGCUGUCAGCCUGGUCUGGGGCAUCUUCCGCAAUGAGGACCAGUGAGUGAUGCAGUGCUUUUCGUGCUCUCCCCUUGGUGGUGGGGGGGGCACCUGUCCCUUCGAAGAGCCCCUUGCUCCCCCCACAUGCUAUUUUGCACCCCUCAGCUGCAUCAGUUGCUCCAGAAAGCAACUUCCUCCUCUGCUCUUCCCCUUCUCCAGCUCUGCAGUGUCCUCUUGGGCACAGGGCGAAAUGGGACGUGUCGCAGGGCGGAGGGAAUGUCCAGAACCCCCCACCCCAGCUGGCCAUGGGGACUCUUUCUUGAGAGGAAGUGGGAUGGGGGGAGGAAGGGCGACCGGAGAGAACCCAAGGGGAAGUGGCUUGACCCUGUUGGAGGGGGUCGGGCUAUUUGCCCUCUGCCCUGAGCCAAGGCCAUUCCUCCCCAGGUGGGCCUGGAUUCUGCAGGACGCCCUGGGAGUUGCCUUCUGCCUUUACAUGCUCAAGACCAUCCGCUUGCCCACCUUCAAGGUAAGGCCUUGGGGGGGGGACUCAUCCCCAGGACGGUGGGGAGGGAGGCUGACAUGGGCCUCCUGGCUUGGCCUGAGGCUACCUCUCAAUGUACUCUGUGACUCAAGAGCCAGAAGAAAGCCAACCUGGGUGAGGCAGAAUCAACAGUGAGCCUCUGGGAAUGACACCCCUCCCUUUCCCUCCUGCCCCCCAGGGCUGCACGCUGCUCCUCCUGGUCCUCUUUGUCUACGACGUCUUCUUCGUUUUCAUCACGCCAUACUUGACGAAGGUGCAUAAUUGGCCUGACAGGGUGGGCAUUGCAAAUGGGGGUGCGGGGCUGAUCGGGAGGAGUCAGAGUUGGGCUGGGUUUUUCCGCUGGGGCCAUCGGAAGCCCCUUCUCGAUUCUCCGAUGGGGACUCUUUCCCCAGAGAGGCUCGCCUGAUGCCCUCAUUGCAUGUCUUCAGGCACCAGGCAAAAACAUUCGUCUUCCCCCAGGCCUCUUUCUUUUUUUGUCCUCUUGCCCCUCCUCACAUUUUCCUUCCAGACAGGAGAGAGCAUCAUGGUGGAAGUGGCUGCUGGCCCGACAGACUCCGCCACUCACGAAAAGGUGAGGGGCUGCCAGAGGGUCCCGGGUUUGGGUAGGGGGAGAUGGCCUCUUCCUGGUGGACAAAAUGGAGGCGAUGCAGGAUGAGCCUGGGAGAAGGCCAGAGGCUGUGAGGGGUCGGGGGGGUCAUGGUCCAAACACGUAGUGGGUCCAGGAUAUCCCCACCCCGUCGGAUCUAGACCCAGACUGGCCCAGAGACUCCUCAGCCAUGAGGGAAGAGGUGUCGGGAAGCACCCCCGGAGAGCAGGCAGGUUCAGUUUUGGGUUCUGGUCAGGCCUGAGAAGAGGCACUUCUGGGGUUCCUCCAUCUUUCUCCUUGGGCGCAGGGCGCUUUCCCCAUGCCUGGGGGGGCUUUGGGUUGUGCCAUCCCCUGUCGCCCCCUCCUUGCCCCAAAUGCCAGAUACCCUCCUCUGUGGGGCAAGGGCUUGUGGGAGCUUUGGCCCCAUUUGGGACAGCAGAGGGGCUUCUUGUUGACCUGGAUGGACCCCCUUCCCCCGGCAGCUUCCGAUGGUGCUGAAGGUGCCCCGACUCAACUUCUCUCCGCUGGCACUGUGUGACCGACCCUUCUCCCUCCUGGGAUUCGGGGACAUUCUGGUUCCAGGUAGGCCCUCUCCCUUCCCACCUUGCUGGGGGGCGAGGUGUCUUUGGGGCUGAGCCCCCGCUCGGCCUGCAGAAGGCAAAGAAGAGCCCCUCAGCCUGGCCCUAAGAGAAGGACUGGCAGAGGAGAGGGCAGGGUCCCUUGGGGCUGGUCCAGUGGGGAUGCUGCCCUCUCCCUUGAGGCAGCUCAAGGGAACAGCUGCUCCUGAAGGCAGUCUACCUUUGAGGGCCAGGCCAGAGGGACACAGCCUCCCUGCUGCUCCACUUGGGGGAUGCUAUGGGGGGGGGGCUCCAGGGAGUGUCCCUGCUUGGCCUUGUCACUCCUUCCCUUGCCUCAGGCUCCCUCCUCUUUCCUCCCCAGGGCUCCUGGUGGCCUACUGCCAUCGCUUUGACAUCCAAGUCCAGUCCUCCCGGGUCUAUUUUGUCGCUUGCACCAUUGGUAUGUCUGGCUCCCCCCCCCCCAAUCCUUGCCAACACCUGCCUCCUCCUCCACCCUUGGGAAGCCCAGCAGUCCCUUCUUCUUACCUCUCACCCCACCCUGGACUGGCGGAGUUCAUUUAUGUGCCACGUUCCUGCCAUGAGCUGUGCUGAAAGCAGCUGUGCAGAGCCUCAGACUGCAGAGCCUGCCAGUAAAUUCAGCGACAGCGCCGCCUUUCAGCUCUUGUCCUGAGAAGUGGCUCUCUUGUGGGUGGAUCAGGUCCCUUGGGAGCCCUCUGGGUGCAGCCCAUCUCCAUGUGUGCAACAGGACUGACAGUGUUAGUGCAGUCUGGAAAGGAUCCCUGCAUUGUUUUGCCCCUAGCAGCAAGUUUUCUCCCAGCAACGGGGUUCCCAUAGCAUCCGACUUCUUUAUUAGGCUCUGAAGGAGAGAAGGGUGGUGACUGUUAUAGGCUGGGUGAUCAUUGAUCUAACAUCCACAAUCAGCUUGUCAUUCUUCUCGUGAUAUCGGUUCCAUAAUUUUUGACCUGGCAAUAUAUCACAAAUCAUGAUGUGGGUGUAUGCAUAGCAUAGCUAUGCAAAAAAUACUGAUGCCGGAAAAACUGUAAAGCCAGCCGAAGCCUCUCCGUAGCUCCAUCCUCAUUUCAGACAUCAUAACACAUCAGUCUGUCACAAUAUUUAGCUGGUGAUAUAUCACAAAAUUGAAAGCCAAAUAUUGCCCAGCCCUAACUGCUCCUCUGUCCAGAUGGCUGAAGAGCAGAGAGGAGGAACGAUUCUCUGUGCUGAGUUUUCCUGCCUUUUCCAUUAUAAUUUAUUAUGUUCCAUAAAUCCUUGAAGCAGAGCUGGAAGGGGCAGAGGUGUUUAUUCCCAUGUGAGAAUUUACCCACAGAUGAGAUGAGAAAGACAGGGGGGCACUUUCUGGGUGACUGCCAGCUGAAAAGGAGCCCCCGCCUUCUCUCCCCUGUCUCCCACUGCAGCCUACGGCCUGGGCCUCCUGGUGACAUUUGUGGCGCUCGCUCUGAUGCAGAAGGGGCAGCCGGCGCUGCUGUACCUGGUGCCGUCCACACUCCUCACCAGCUUCGUGGUGGCGCUCUGGCGCAAGGAGCUGCCCAUGUUCUGGACGGGCAGCGGAUUUGCGGUGAAUACCACUUUGAUAUGAGUCUCCUCCAGAAAAGGCCAGUGUUAGGAUAAAAGCCCCCUAACUAGAAUUAAAGUUGAGUAAAACUCUUGUUGGCAUUAUCCUCCACCCCCCAAAAGGGAGUUUUUUGGAAGUGGCUUUUGCAGACCUCCCUCCUCCCCCAAAAGGAGGCCACCAUUCAUGGCUGGGGGUGAGGGAGGAUGGCACAUGCGGGGGGGGGGGGGCAGAGAAGCCACAGAUGGCCAGCUUUCCUCCCCACAUGUUGUGAUUCCUGCAUUGCAUGCAGUUGGACUAGACGACCCUCAGGGUCCCUUUCCAGCUCCACAGUUCUUCUCCGUCACUCGGGCGGGAGGCAGAGGGCUGCCGUCUUGGAAAGGGGCAAGAGGCGUUCAUGGGUGUUGCUGGAUCAGGCCUGAGGGCUCCCCCUGCGCCCAGCUGGACGCCCCCAAGGGAAGCCCGCAAGCAGGAGCCCUUCCGCCUUCCAGAGUCCAGCUGCCUCUGUAGUGCCACCGCCCAGGGCUCCCAUGUGGGGAGAGUUGCUGCCGUCACACGGGGGGAGGGGGCUUACUCUGGGGGGCGGGACUGAAUGCUCAGCUGGGUGGGCCUGGGGCAGGAUCCAGCCACUGGACUCCUCAGAUGCCCUCAAAAGGCUGGUGUCAGGCUUGGAAGUGGAGAUGGGGCUGGCCUGGGUGAACUGCAUGAGCUCAGGCCUAUCCUGGCAGCCCCCCUGGUUCCAUUUGGGCCAGUCUAGAGGGGAGCUGGACACUCCUGGGGGUCCUGGGCUGGAUGAGGGGAGCGUCUGUACAAAAGCACGGCUGUGUUGUAGUUACCCUUCUCUCUCUCUCUCUCCCCUCCCCCUCCCCUGUAAUGUGGGGCUGCUCCUGCUUACAGAAAGACCUACCUCAGCCCCCCUUGGUGAUCUCCCCAGUCAGCUGCCCCGCGGCCCCCAAGGAGGAGGCUUCUCCGUCGUCUCGCCCAGAAGCCAAGGACCAACCAGCCACCCCGACUCCCGUGGAAGAGAUGGUCGGUGGCGGCAGCCCCGCAGACGAUGGAGGAGAGGCGUCUGGCUCUGCCCCCUUCCUGGGAGAGGAGCAGGAGGAGGCGGUAGCUGCACAGACUGAGCCCACAGAGGCUUCCCCACAGCCGCCCCAUAUAGAAAAGCCUGGCGCUUGGGAGGACGGGAUCAAGAGCUCCUCUGACUAG